CAUGGAGGUCACAGCGCUCUGCGUCACACUGAUGGUGAAUGUGCUGCUGCUCACUGAUGAAGGGCAGAGCCGCUCCAGUGUUCACAGACCUGAUGCAUGUGUUCUUCACGUGGACCCAAACAGACUGCAGUUCUUUGAGUAUGACUCCAUCUCAUUCAAGUGUCGGGGGUGUCACGGCUCAUCAGAAUGGAGAGUGAUGAGAAAGGUUUCCUCAAAUGUUUCUCAGUGGGACUCUGGAUUCUUAAACAUCACACCUGCCUUUGAAACACACAGUGGAGAGUACUGGUGUGAAAAUGCAGAGGGAGACAGGAGCAACGCUGUCAACAUCACCGUCACUGCUGGUGAUGUGAUCCUGGAGAGUCCUGCUCUGCCUGUGAUGGAACGACAGGCCGUCACUCUGCGCUGCAGAAGAAAGAUGACAUCGUCCAGCUCUGCAGCUGACUUCUAUAGAGACGGCCUCUUCAGUAAGACUGGAUAUACGGGCCGGAUGACCAUCAGCAAUGUCUCCAGGUCCAGUGAAGGACUCUACAGGUGUCACAUCUCUGGAGCUGGAGGAUCAGCAGAGAGCUGGCUGGCUGUCACAGCAUACAUCCCUCCUGCACCUCAAGACACAACCCCUCAGCAUCAGGAGAUACCUCCUCAUCCUCGGCACCAUGGCUCCAUUCAGCUCUCCGUCCUGUUACCGGCUGUUUUCACCGUCACGUGUGUGGCUGCGCUGCUGUUAGCUGUGGGGCUGCUUCAGUGUCGCAAACGCAAAGCUGCAUGCUCUUCCUCUGAGAUGCCAACAACAGGAUUAAACCCUGUCAGUGAACGUGCCCACGUAGCUGAGCCACACAUGGAUAUAUAUGCUAACAUCACACGGCCCAAGAAGAAUAGAGUUAGUGGACACGCCCGUGUAGCUGACCCACCCAUGGCUCUGUAUGCUAAUAUCCCACGGCGCAAGAAGAAAAGAGUUCGUCCUGAGGCAAACGUGGCUGAUCAAAAUGGGACGUGUGCUGUUGUCACAACAAAGAAGAAGGCGAGAGGUUCUGGGGAGGCACGUGUAGCUCCUACAAACAAAGCAAAACGGAGCAAGGAGAGAGGUCACUAAAAGUGGAAACACCUGACUGAAGGAUGGAGUGAGCACUGUUUCAUAGUGUGCACAAGAUGGAGAAAUGCAACUAUCGUUUGGGCUUCUACAGUAAUAUGUAACUUUUCAAUGACCGUGUACGUUUUUCCUUGUUAUAAGAUACUUGUGAUGAAACCAUCCCGCACAUAACCAACCUCCAGAAGGAGGGGGAAGAUGUGACGGAGCGACUCUUUCACUGACUGUGGGCAGUCCCCGCUCCCUUUCUGU